GGUGGGGCUAGCGGAGAUGCGUCUCUCCUUCUAUCAAGCCAGCCAGAGGGUGAAGGCAGCGCAUGCGCGUUUCAGUUUGUGGGCGGUGGAGGCGGAAGAGAAGCGCGUGAGCGGACUGAAUCGCUUUCGCCUAUUCUGUGCGGAGGAGGAUCCGGCCGGCAAGAUGGAGAGUGUGUUAUAUCGGCAGCUACCCCAGCAGACAGCCACGAUCCUGAACAUACAGCCUCAAGGGUCAAAGGAAGCCGAGGCCUUUGUGAAAGCCUUCCUAAAGCGCAGCAUGCCUCAGAAGAGCGAUGAAGACAUCCAGGACCACUUAACCCGAAAAGCGGUUGUCCUGGAACACCUGCACAAGAGGAGGAGAAGGCAGAAGAAGAGGAAAGGCAAGGGGUUCUCCGCCAAGCAGAGGAGAGAGAUGAAACUCUUUGACAUUAAACCAGAGCACCAGAGGUACGAGAUCUUUGUGCCGUUACAUGAGCUGUGGGAGCAGUACAUCAGAGAACUCUGCAAUGGGCUCAAGCCAGAAGCGCAGCCACAGAUGAUUCAGGCCAAAUUGCUGAAAGCUGAUCUUCACGGAGCUCUCAUUACAGUGACUAAAUCAAAAUGUCCCUCGUAUGUUGGCAUCACGGGCAUUGUCCUGCAGGAAAUGAAACACGUUUUCAAAAUUAUCACAAGAGAAGACAAGAUGAAAGUCAUCCCAAAGCUGAACAACGUCUUCAGCCUGGAGAUUGAUGGCUUCAUCUCCUACAUCUACGGGAGCAAGAUUCAGUUCCGAGCCAGCGAGCGUUCUGCAAAGAAGUUCAAAGGAAGAGGGACAAUUGACCUGUGAACCUUCUUUCUUUCUUUCUUUCUUUCUUUCUUUCUUUCUUUCUUUCUUUCUGGAAAUGGGAGCCACUGAUGUGUUGUUUCCAAGAGAUGGAGAGACUAUUCCUAGCAGUUUGUGCAUCCUGAGACUUGGGUGCGUGUGAAGGAACAAUCCUUGUUGUUUUAAACAAGAGAGUGUGAGAAACGCAUCCACAUAAAUGAAUGUUCCCGCAGUGUUUCAAACACCUUUCUAUCCUUUGUACAUCCUUUGUGUUUUAUCAAUGUUAUUAAACCUGUUAAAUA